AAGAAAAGUGUAUCAAUGAAAGAAUAACCUAUGAUGGAGUACAUGGUCUCACUCUUGAACUCCUAACUUCCAAUUCUCCAUUGUUAAGAUAAAAGCUUGAAAGAGAGAGCAAGCUUGGUUGAGAUGUUUGGUAUUAGUGUUUUCCUGAAAACUAGAAUAACUUUUGUUGGAAGCUACCAAAACCAAGGUAGCACAUUCUGAGAAAACAAAGAAAUGUUUGGUAUCAUAUCACGGCUGGGACAAAUCUUCUUGAAGUUACUAGGCAAGGAGUGGAGGAAAAGGCAAAUUAGAAAGAUAACAGACCAAGUUUUUGACCAAAUACAGAAUGAAGUGCAACCUGAUAAUUUGAGUUUUGCAGAUCUCUACAUUGCUAUUUUACUUGUGUACAAUGGUAUCAACAAGUAUAUUCCUGGUUCCCAUUGUGAUCCUCCUUCAAAAGACAGAGUCAGACAAGCCAUUAAGAACUGUGAUGACAACAAGGAUGGGCAAAUUAAUCGUGAUGAGUUUUUCGGUUUCAUCCAGCAAAUGGCACCUGAAACAUUCAAUGUUGUUCGUAAAAAGCUUGUGGCCACAUUGGUUGUUGCACCAACAGUUGCAGCAACAACAAAAAAAGCUACUGAACAAGUACCAGGUUUUGGGAAACUGGUGCAGAGGUUGCCCAAAGUAGUUUAUGCUGCUCUUUUAACAAUUCUAACUGUGUGGUUCCAAGAGACCAAUCACAAUUCUGCACUCUAGUCAUUCAUUGCUAACAUCACAUGUGUGUUUCACAUGCAAUUCUCUUCAUUCUUCUACACAAAUGAUUCAGUGUUUAUGAAGUGGCACUUCAGAAGAAAAAAAACAAUGAUUCCUUUUGGCAUUUUGGACAAAAGUCCAAAUAUUGAUUUUUAUGUCAAAGGAUAUGUUAUACAUGUAAAUGAACUCUUUAAUGAGAUUCAAAACCAUUUUCUUUACUUUACUCAUAACUUCAUCUU